CAGCUUUACUAUAUGGCACGUGGGGCUGGGAUUAGCGAAGCGGCCAUAAAAUGUCUCACUCCCAUGCUCGGAUUAGAACCGUGGUCUAUGUCGGACGCCUUGUCCAUAUGACCAAAGAGAUAAAAACAAUGUCAAGUGAAAGCCGAAAAUCUGGGUAUGUGGACAACUGGCAAUCAGGGAAGUCCGUCACAGAAUGUAAUCUGCGCAUGCUCGACACAGAAAACUUCAGUGACGUCACCUUCCGGGUGGGGUCAGAGGAGCAGAUGGUCCGAGCUCACCGCUAUGUUCUUGUCAGUCGUAGCUGUGUCUUCCACGCCAUGUUCUGUGGCCCCCUUGCGGAGAAAGGGGAGAUAACUAUUCCUGAUAUAGAACCAGACAUCUUCAAAGAGUUUUUGAGGUAUGUGUACACAGAGAAGACGGACAUUAACGCCGACACAGUGAUGGGGUUGAUGUACGCCUCCAGGAAAUAUAAUGUAGAUGCGUUGUACGAUCUAUGUGUGGCCUUCCUCGUGUCGUCCCUGUCAGAGGACAAUGUCUGCCAGAUCCUGGAGGAGUGUCAUGGUUACGGGGAGCUGGACCUAGAACAGAAGGCCCUAGAGGUCCUGACACAAGGAGGGAGAGAGUCACCAUGUCUCAGGGAUUUGUUCAUCUUUGCUCAGACUGUCUCAAGAAGUUCCUAAACUCAGAUAUUAUGAAAGCGAAAGAGGAAGAUGUAUUUGAAGCAGUGCUGUCCUGGACAAACGAACGGUGUCGGAAGGAAGGUGUGAGUGACACGCCUGAGAACAGACGGAGGCUCCUUGGGGAGAUGCGAUAUGAG